AUGGCGCCCACCUUUCGACUGCAGAAUGUGUACCUCAUCAGCUUCCUGGCUACGCUGGGAGGUUUGAUGCAGGGUUUUGAUGUCGCGAGUAUGAGUGCCAUUAUUGGCACCAAGCAGGUAUGUUCGCAUCUCCUCCGCCACUCACUACACCAAUGCUGAUGGAGGCUGUAGUACAAAUCAUACUUCCAUAGCCCGAAUUCCGUUCUCCAGGGAGGUAUCACGGCCUCCAUGGCUGGCGGCUCUCUCCUCGGCGCCAUUGCCACGAACCUCACAGCCGAUCGAUUCGGCAGAAGAGAUUCUCUUGCUAUUGGUUGCGUGAUAUGGAUCGUUGGCUGUGCGAUCAUGUCUUCUGCGCAGAAUGUUGCGCAGUUAAUCGUCAGCCGAGUCAUCAAUGGCUUUGCGGUGGGAAUCUUCAGCUGUCAGGCGUGAGUCGAGCUAUGAAGGUCCCCCAAUCGGGCAAAGACACUGACUUGGAUGUUUAGGCCUCUCUUCAUUGCUGAGAUCAGCAAACCGGACCGCAGAGGACGACUUAUCGCAUUUCAGAACUGGAUGAUUGGGUGGGGAGUAUGUGUGCCCUCUGCUGCACCAGUCGACAAGACCAUUGACUGACGGUGUCGGAUAGACUCUCAUCAUUUACUUCAUAUCUUAUGGAACCUCUUUCGUGGAGGGCAACGCCUCGUUCAGAAUCCCCUGGGGAUUACAAAUGAUUCCGGCGUUGGUUAUGCUUGCUUUCAUCCCGUUCAUGCCCAGGUCACCGCGAUGGUAAGUGGCAUGACUAGAAAUUGGAAAUCAGGGGACGUAAUUCGGCUAAUUUGUCUGCUAUCAUCAGGCUUGCAGUCAAAGACCGGUGGGAGGAAGCACACGAUGUGCUCGCUCUGCUCCACGGCAAAGGCGAUCGCAUGGAACCGCUGGUCCUCGCCGAACUCCAUCAGAUCAAGGAGAAGAUCUUGUACGUGGAUGAAUCCUUUUACUGAUAUCCAGAACUGAUAUCUGUGUCUUCUAGCCUCGAACGUGACUAUGGCUCGACUUCCUGGGUCGAACUCAUCAAACCGCGAAACGUCAUGCGCACUCAGGCCGCUGUAUGCGCCCAUCUAUGGUCUCAAUUCAGUGGAAACAACGCUUUGAUGUGAGUCGGCCAAAUGCAUAGAAGCUGUUCCUCACGAACAGAACAUCUGCUUACAUUCUUAUCUUCAGGUAUUACAUCGUGUACAUCUUCCAAAUGGCCGGCAUCCAAGGCAAUCGACAGCUCAUUUCAGGUGCGAUUCAGUACUGCAUCAGUGUUGGCGUCCAAGUCUUCGCUUUCGCAUUCAUGGACCAUUACCGAAGACGCUGGGCCCUCAUGAUCGGCAGCGUCUUGCUCUUCACCUGGCUCUUCGCAGCUGCUGGUCUCAUGGCCAAUUACGGCCACUCCGUGCCUGGUGGCUUGAAGGGAACUCCAAGCGUUACGUGGGUCGUGGAUAACCAAGCCGCCAGCAAAGCGAUCAUCUCGUGCGCUUACCUCUUCGUUGCAAGUUAUCAAUUGACUUGGGGGUAUGUUCCAUGUCCUCGUUGUAGACAAAGCCUUUGCUAAUGAUCCAAACAGGCCUAUCGGAUGGGUCUACCCAAGUGAGGUCCUACCCAUGUUCAUCAGAACCAAAGUCACCAGCGUCGGCGUCGGCGUCAACUGGAUGGGCAAUUUCGCUCUGACGUUCUUCACGCCACCUGCAUUCCAGCACAUCCAAUGGCGGGUAUGUUACUUCUUAACUCCCCUCUGCCCGCCAACGAGAGACUGACUAUUGUAGACUUUCAUCAUCUUCGGCGUCUUCAACGUCGCGUCCCUCAUCCACGUCUUUCUCUUCUUCCCCGAGAGCAAAGGCAAGACUCUCGAGGAGAUGGACGAGGUGUUUGCACAGAGCAUCUGGGCUUUCAAGAUCAAGUACACCGGCAGCAGAUUGGAAGAAGACGUACAGGAGGUGGCGAAGGAUGUGAAUGCUGCUGCGGCCGACAUUGAGGAGGUGGAACAUCAUGCAACCAAGAGAGAUUCCGUUGCCUAG